GGCUCACGAGCCGAGCAGCUCGUCUCGGCUCGCGAGCCGAUUCUUAUUUAACCAAAAACGGUCGUUUUUGGUUAAAUAUGAAGCUUCUUUCGUUAUUUCAUUCGCUUGUGACUUGUUUAUGUUUUCCACUGCGUGUGCGUGUAGCUGCUCUCCAGUUCCAGUUCCAGAGUAUAGCCCUCCGCAAUCUGAAGUUCCGGCCUAUUUUCUCCGUCGACAUGGGUUUCUCAGGCGUUUCAGUUCAAGUCUUCUGACGUGCCAACAGAAGAUUCUAGCGAUCGGGGUUCUACGGCAAGAAGUUUGACGACGACGGCGAUGUGGAUGACAGAAAUAUAUUUCAGGUUUGUGUUUUUCCAUUUUUUCACUUUCAAUUUUUUAAUUUUUGGCUUAAAUUGAUUGAACCCUAACUUUGGAAUUAGGGUUUUUGAAUUGGGGGUUUCGUUGGGCAACCAUAAAUUUGAAGAGAGUUAGUUUAUUCAUAGUCGUUGAGUGUUUUUAUAUAAAAUUCGCUAUGUUUUGCAUAUUUAGGAAGCUCUUUUUGUGUUUUUUGGCGUUGCAAUUAGAGAUUUUAUAUAUGUUUAUGUUAAGCUUUUCUGGAAAUUAAUAUUGUAGAAGAGCUUAUGAACCCGUAUAUUUUGAUGAUAUUAUUGUAUUUUGAUCAUAUUUGUGGAAAUUAUUUUUCAGCUGAACAGAUUUUAUCUCAUUCGUAUACCACUUGAACGAAUUGGUUCUGAAUAAAGUAUUGCUUUAUGCAAUAUAAAUGCAGCCCACUGAGACUAUUAUUAUUAUCGGUGAUUGGUGUCAACGUAUUUAGUGUUGUAUGGCAGGUGUUUCAAAUUGUUAUGUAUUCAAGAGUCGAUUAUAGGAAUACGCUCAGAAAAUGGGACUUCAAACGCCUGUUUAUGAGACUACUAAGGAAGGCCCAUCUCAUGAGCCUUCAUUCAGAUCUGCUGUGGUAGUGAAUGAUGUCAGAUAUGAAUCUUUGCCUGGUUUGUUUAAUCGUAACGCAGCGGAGCAGUCAGCUGCUGAAGUUGCACUUAUAGAAUUAGCAAAACUUGGUCAAGUGAAUCCUUCCAUCUCCCAGCCUGUUGUUCCUGAGUUUCCAUCCAAGCUGUUCUUCUUCUGUGAAGUGGAGGUGAAACUCCGAUAGUCCUGAGCCACAUUGUCUAUGAAAGGAUGAAACACAGGCACCCUGAAUUUGUCGAAAAAUUAGAGCAGCAUGGAUUGAUUUAUACAAGGGUGCUAGGGGAGGAGGAUGAUCCUUCAUCACCUAUCGGCCGUGGUUGGAAAUCCACGUUCUUGACUGAUGACAAGAACCUGGCUG